UAUCUAACAAUUCAUCAUAGUCGCCCAAAGUCAUCGAAGUAGACAAAGCUCGUCCACCGCCGAUACCGGUUACCAGUCAACCUCCGACCUUAAAUCUGCCCCAAUUAAUACUCUUUCUUUCUCUCCCCUUUUCUUGGCCAGAAAGAAAAGGAAAAGAAAAAUCAGCACACAGCAGACAAGAGUGUCUAUAUAUACUGGAAGAGAGGGAUAGGGAUUUUCAUUAAUCGGUUUUGAUUGUUUACAGAGAGCAUAGAUACUCAAAAUGCACCUGUAUAAUGCUUGGCUUCCUCCACCUGUCGCCGAGGAGACCAAGAGAGAGAAAGAGUCCUUCUCUCGAGUUGUGAGGGCUGUGAAGGAGUCUUAUCGAUCGGAUGAUCCUGAAUCGGUUUACUCUACUCUCAAAUGGGUCUCUGUCAUCGACCUUUUCAUAAAGGCAAAAAGUGACAUAUCUUUGGAUGAUGUGGCUGCCCUUGUCGAAGUUGGGUUAGAAUUGUUUUGUAUUGCACAGAACAAACUUUAUGCCCAGGUUAGAUGGGGAAGCAUACUAAUUAAGUUACUGAAUAAAUACCGGAAGAAGUUGUCCUUCAAAGUUCAGUGGCGGCCUCUCUAUGAUACUUUGAUCAAUACGCACUUCACAAGGGAUACGGGCCCCGAAGGGUGGAGAUUGAGACAACGACAUUUCGAGACUGUUACUUCCCUUGUUCGAUCCUGCCGGAGGUUCUUCCCACCAGGUUCUGCCUUUGAGAUAUGGUCUGAAUUUCGAUCUUUGCUGGAAAAUCCAUGGCAUAACUCAUCCUUUGAAGGUUCUGGGUUCGUCAGACUGUUUAUUCCAACAAACAUGGACAAUCAGGACUUCUUUUCAAAUGACUGGAUUCAAAUUUGUAUAGAUCAGUGGGAUUCAAUACCAAAUUGCCAGUUCUGGAACAGUCAAUGGGCAGCUGUUACAGCUCGCAUCAUAAAGAAAUACAACUUCAUAGACUGGGAGUGUAUGUUACCUGCACUUUUUAAUCGAUUCUUGAAUAUGUUUGAGGUUCCUGUGGCAAAUGGAAAUGGAUCAUACCCUUUCUCUGUGGAUGUUCCAAGAUAUACGAGGUUCUUGUUUUCUAAUAAAUCUGUCACCCCAGCAAAGGCCAUUGCAAAGUCAAUUGUAUAUCUAUUAAAACCUGCCAGUUCAGCACAGCAACACUUUGAGAAAUUGGUCAACCUCCUAGAGCAAUAUUACCAUCCCUCAAAUGGUGGUCGGUGGACUUAUUCUUUAGAGCGGUUUUUGCUCUAUUUGGUAAUUAUGUUCCAGAAGCGCUUACAGCAUGAGCAACAGAACAAAGAUUGCAAUAACCAGGCUGAACUCUGUCUGGGACCAUCAGAAAGGGCUUCUUUUGUGAAUUGUGUGCUAAAGUUAAUUGAUCGCGGUCAAUAUAGCAAAAAUGAACAUCUUUCUGAAACAGUUGCUGCCGCAACUUCUAUUUUGUCGUAUGUGGAACCCUCUUUGGUUCUUCCAUUUUUGGCAUCUCGAUUUUAUAUGGCCUUGGAGACGAUGACGGCAACCCACCAAUUGAAGACUGCCGUAAUGUCAGUAGCAUUUGCUGGGCGAUCACUUUUCCUCACAUCCUUAACAUCUUCAAUAAAACCAAAUGAUGUUGUUGCUGCUGAUGGGUUCAUUGAUCUUCUGAUGAUUUCAUUAUCCAAUGCAUUACUUGGCAUGGAUGCCAAUGAUCCACCUAAAACCUUGGCAACCAUGCAACUGAUUGGUUCCAUAUUUUCCAAUAUGGCCACACUGGAAGAUAAUUCGGAUGAAUUGUCUGUUAUGCCAGCAGUCCACUUUUCUGAAUGGCUUGACGAGUUCCUCUGCCGCCUAUUUUCUUUACUUCUACACUUGGAACCUACUAGUGUUCUGAAUGAUGGACUUAAUUCAUCAGUUACAUCAGGAACUUUUCUGGUUGAGGAUGGCCCAUAUUACUAUUGCAUGCUGCAAACCUUGUUUGGGAGGCUUUCAAAAUCCCUCUAUAACCAGGCUCUAAAAAAAAUUUCCAAGUUUGUCAAGACAAAUAUUCUUCCUGGGGCUAUUGCAGAAGUUGGACUGCUUUGCUGUGCAUGUGUUUAUUCGAAUCCUGAAGAGGCAGUUGUUCACCUUAUUGAACCAAUCCUGUUGUCUAUCAUAUCCUCUUUCAAAGGAACACCAACUACAGGUUUUGGAGGAAGAGGAUUUUCUGAUGCCUCAGCUUCAUCCAAGGCAAAAUCCACAAUUUCUCCAGCUCUUGAAACAGCAAUCAGUUAUCAACUUAAAGUAUUAUCAAUUGCCAUCAGUUAUGGAGGUCCUGCACUUCUUCGUUACAGGGAUCAAUUCAAAGAAGCUAUUGUGUCUGCAUUUGAAUCCCCAUCUUGGAAGGUUAAUGGAGCUGGUGAUCAUGUUCUCCGAUCCCUUCUUGGUAGCCUGGUUCUUUAUUAUCCUAUCAGCCAGUACAAGUGUAUUUUGCGUCAUCCAGCUGCUACUUCGUUAGAGAUGUGGAUCAGCACAAAAGAUUAUUCUGAUGAUGAACCAUCUAUUGGCCCUAACUGGCAUGUUCCUACAGUUGAAGAAGUUCAAUUUGCCAACGAACUCUUAGACCUACAUUUGAAAUCAGCUUUAGAUGAUCUAUUGAGAAUUUGCGAGACUAAAAUUCAUUCUGAUUUAGGAGAUGAUAAAGAGUUGAAAGUAACUCUUUUGCGUCUGGAUUCUUCAUUGCAAGGUGUUUUGUCAUGCUUGCCUGAUUUUAGGCCAUCAUCUAGGAAUGGGAUGGUUGAAGAUCCAAAUCAUAUAUCUUUCUUAAUAGCUGGAGCAACAGGUUCUAGUGUUGGCAGCAGUGAACUGCGCGAAAAAUCUGCUGAAAUUAUGCAUGCAGCCUGCAAAUAUUUACUUGAGAAAAAAUCUGAUAACAGCAUCUUGUUGCUACUUAUCAUUCGUAUCAUGGAUGCUUUAGGGAACUAUGGAAGUUCUGAAUAUGAUGAGUGGUCAAAUCAGAGGCAGUCUUGGAAGUUGGAAUCUGCUGCCAUUAUUGAACCUCCAAUAAAUUUUAUUGUGUCAUCUCAUUCUAAAGGAAAGAGAAGGCCUAGGUGGGCACUUGUUGACAAAGUAUACAUGCAUAAUAUGUGGAGAUCAUCACAAUCAUCAUAUCAUCUGUUCCGUACGAGUGGGAAUAUGCCUCCGUCAGACCAUCUGAUACUUUUGAUGGAUGAUCUUCUCAACCUAUCUUUGCAUAGCUAUGAAACAGUUCGCACACUUGCUGGAAAAUCUCUCUUGAAAAUGAUGAAGCGGUGGCCAUCUAUGAUUUCGAAGUGUAUUCUCACUCUUACUGAGAAACUAAGGAAUCCUAACUCACCGGAACAUGUAGUCCUGGGUUCUUGUGCAGUGCUCUCUACACAAACAGUCCUCAAGCAUCUGUCAAUGGAUCCAAAGGCAUUCUCUUCGUUCCUCCUUGGAAUUCUUUCAAGCUCCCAUCAUGAAUCACUGAAAGCGCAGAAAGCAAUCAAUGAGGUUUUCAUUAAAUACAAUAUCUAUUUUCCGGGAAUCUCUAGAAGCAUUUUUAGGACAUCGGACAACCAUUUGGAUGUGCCAGAUUUUGCUGAUUUGGUUUCUCAGAUUAGUUCUAUGAGUUUCGAAUCUUCCAACUUGCAUUGGCGGUAUAAUUUGAUGGCUAACAGAGUCCUGUUGUUGUUGGCCAUGGCAUCUCGGAACGAUCCAACUGCAUCUUCAAAAAUUCUGAGUGAAACUACUGGUCACUUUUUAAAGAAUUUAAAAAGUCAGCUUCCUCAGACCAGAAUACUUGCAAUCUCUGCUCUAAACACACUGUUGAAAGAAUCACCCUAUAAAAUGUCAGAUGAAGACCGACCUCAUUUCUCUAGCAAUAUACAAGGAGAUAACAAGUCCUCCCUUGAAGGAGCUUUACGUCAAAUUUUUCAGGAAGAAGGAUUUUUUAGUGAGACCUUGAAUUGUCUUUCCCAUGUUCAUGUAACCACUGAUUCUGAAAGCACAUCUUCCAGGGGAAGUUACGGAAAUUCAUCCAUUCAGAGCUUGGCCGACAAAUCAAUCACUCGUUUUUAUUUUGAUUUUUCAUCUUCGUGGCCGCGUACUCCAAGUUGGAUUUCUUUACUUGGGACUGAUACCUUUUACUCAAGCUUUGCACGCAUAUUUAAGCGGCUAUUUCAAGAAUGUGGCAUGCCUGUUUUACUGGCUCUUAAAAGUACAUUGGUAGAGUUUACAAGUGCCAAGGAGAGGUCUAAGCAGUGUAUUGCUGCAGAAGCACUGGCAGGAGUACUGCAUUCUGAUGUCAAUGGUCUUUUAGAAGCAUGGGAUGGCUGGAUGAUGGUUCAAUUACAGAACGUCACUCUUGCACCAUCAGUGGAAUCUAUGCCAGAGUGGGCAGCAUGUAUACGUUAUGCUGUCACUGGGAAAGGGAAACAUGGAACAAAAGUUCCUCUUUUAAGGCAAAAAAUCAUAAGUUGUCUAGCAUCCCCUUUACCUCAAAUGGUUAGUACCACUGUAGUUGUCAAACGCUUUGCUUUCCUUUCAGCUGCACUCAUAGAAGUAUCCCCACCAAGAAUGCCAGUGGCUGAAAUACGACUCCACAAGCAACUGUUGGAGGAGUUGCUGGGUAAUAUGAGUCAUUCAUCAGCCCAAGUGAGGGAAGCGAUUGGCGUUACCCUUUCUGUUGUGUGCUCAAACAUUCGGCUUUAUACAUCUUUCAACCAUAAUUAUCCACAUGAAGGGAGAGACAGUGAUGUGGAUAACAAACUUGAAGAAGGAAGUUGGGUUCAGAUUCUAAUAGAAAGGGCAUCUAAACUUGUAGUGAAUAUCCAGAACGCUAGUCAGUCUGACAAUAUGGAGAUCCGGACGGAUAUAAGUCCAGACAAUGGGCUUCUAAAUGGAAGUUCUCAAGAUGAUGUUAAAUGGAUGGAAACGUUAUUCCAUUUCAUUAUUUCAUCUCUGAAGUCUGGUAGAUCUUCCUGUUUACUGGAUAUUAUUGUGGGUCUUCUUUAUCCCGUAAUUUCCUUGCAGGAAACGUCAAAUAAAGAUCUGUCAACACUGGCCAAGGCAGCUUUUGAAUUGCUAAAAUGGAGGAUUUUCUGGGGAACCCAUCUCCAAAAAGCUAUAUCUGUGAUUCUUUCUUCAGCCAAUGAUUCUAACUGGCGUACUAGAUCUGCAACUUUGACAUUUUUACGAACUUUUAUGUAUAGGCAUACCUUCAUUCUCCCUUGUGUGGAGAAACAACAAAUCUGGAAAACCGUCGAGAAGCUACUUAUUGACAACCAAGUGGAGGUAAGAGAGCAUGCUGCAGCUGUAUUAGCAGGCCUAACGAAGGGAGGGGAUGAAGAGCUAGCUGAAAACUUCCGUGCUAAAGCUUACAGGGAGGCAAACAUCAUUCGGAAAAAGAGAAAACAGAGGAAUUUGAGUUCUGGUCAGUCAUUAGCUUCUAUACAUGGUGCUGUACUUGCUUUGGCAGCUUGUGUGUUAUCAGUUCCUUAUGAUAUGCCAAGUUGGUUGCCCGAGCAUGUUACAUUACUGGCUCAUUUCGUGGGGGAGCCAUCGCCUGUGAAAACUACAGUUACAAAAGCAGUUGCAGAGUUUCGUAGGACCCAUGCAGAUACAUGGAAUGUCCAGAAAGAUUCGUUCACUGAAGAGCAGCUUGAGGUUCUGGCUGAUACAUCUUCCUCAUCAUCAUAUUUUGCUUGAUCUAUACACUGCAUUCUUUGUAUGAGAAGAGAACAAUAGAUGUAAAAUCGAUCAGAAUAGUUGCAUGUAUUUAUGUUUUUUUGUCAAUUAUCAUAAUCCAUAGAAUGAGUUUUAUCCACACUUGCACCUUUUAUUGUUGCCAUAUGAAGGUUAUUAUUUUCCAUAAAGAUUGUAUUGUUGCUCCU